GGUUUGGCCUCAUGUGGAGCCUGGUCCUGUUUCGACGAGUUCAACCGUAUCGACUUGGAGGUGCUGUCUGUUGUAGCCCAGCAGAUCUUGACUAUUCAAAGAGCUGUGAACGCCGGUCAGACCAGAUUGGUUUUCGAGGGUACCGAUUUGUCUCUUGAUCCGACCUGUGCUGUCUUCAUCACCAUGAACCCAGGAUAUGCUGGCCGUUCUGAAUUGCCAGACAACUUGAAGGUGAAGCUUGGCUAA